AUUUAUAUAUUUUUUAGAAUCUUAAAUUUUCUCUGUUUUAAUAUAUCAUACACACUUAAUUAUUUGUAUUUUUAACACUUGUUAAUAAAUCUUCAGCAGUAAACUAUUGAAUAAUAUUUUAAUUUCAUAAUUGACAAAUAUCCUUGUUAACCUACUUUAAAAUCAUAUAAAUUAGGUUUAGAUGUAUAUUUUAACUUUGGUUCAGUACAUCUUUUUUUUCUUUUAAAUAUACCUCAAAACCUCAACCUACUUCAUUGAUGGUUUCAUAUAAAUGGUUUAAAUGAAUCCCAAAUCUGGAUCCUUUGGAGAUGAAUUCCUCUAAGGUUUGUAAAGUUUUGGACGAGAUCGGGAUUGACGAGGAAUUCUUGAAGUUAAAGUCCGAUUUACUAAACGAAUUCACUUCAAAGGGAGGUUGCGUUCCAGGUGCCGCCUACAAGCAAAUUCUUAACGGCGUAUUAAAUAUUCUCAUCCAAUACAAAGAUAUAGAAAGCAAUGUGAAGCUAAAUAGGGAAUGUUAUAUUCUAAUUCAGCACAUUGCAACUACUGGGAAGUGCAGAUUCCCUUGGAAGGUCGUGAAAAUGCUAAUAAUUGUAAUAUAUAAUAAAAUUUUUGAUGAACUUUAUCAGUCAAAUAAGAAUUCUACAUCGCUCCAGAACUCCUCCACAGCUGGUUCUGAUUCUUGUGACCCUUCUGAUUCAUCCACUGAAUCUGAUAAACCUAAGGAAUCCCGGCCAGCUGAUAAAAAAAUUAACCAAAUUGAGUCUGAGGAAGAGUUUAAACAAAUGAAAUACGAAUCUUUACUAUAUAUUGUGGGCUUUAAUAUACCUCCCUUUACACUUCAACGGCUUUGUGAGAUUCCUAUAAAACAGCCUUACACAGUUUUCCGGAAACUGUUUAACGCCUACAGAAAACUUUUCACUGUCCGGAACUUGGAGUAUGAGCCUGUGAAACUCCCAAGGUUUUUCAAACCUUCAGAUUACCCUCACCUCAGGCGUGUGUGCCGUAUUGUUGACUCUUGGGAGUACAAGUACAGGCAUCUCACUCCCAGUUGGACUGACGACCUUCUUGCUGAGAACCUCGACGAACUCGACUCUUCUGAUGAAAAGCCAUUCAAACGGCCUCUAGAAUAAGAUUAACAGUCUAUUUCCUAAUUGUACUUAUAGUUCACUGUCCCUAUUCACCUGGGCACCUACUCUGUUUGUAAUGUUUAAUGUAAAUUGUAAAGUA